AUGGUACUCUUAGGCCUCACCCGGACAAGUGGCAAAGAUGUCUAUAGGAGGUCUCUAGGUGUGCAGUUGCGAGCCUUCUCUAUCUCAAGCAUAGCUCAAGCCGUCUCAACUCGCUCCACCCUCUCAACAACAUGGGUGCCAACUGGUGGCCUCGCUGCCAACGACAAUGAGUUCGGUCAUGGAAAGCUCAUUCGGGGUGGUUUUCUUCGUCAAGCUCACUCUGGCAUCUUUCAACUACUUCCUCUAGGUCUUCGAGUCCAGGACAAGAUCGAAAAGUUGAUCGACAAGCAUAUGCACUCAGUUGGCGCAUCUCGCUUGUCACUGUCAACUAUUUCAUCAGAGGACCUUUGGCGAAGGAGUAAUCGUCUGGACUCUGUUGCCCCCGAACUCUUUCGACUCAAAGAUCGUAAAGACACUCCAUUAAUCCUGUCUCCCACUCAUGAGGAGGAAAUCACAACACUUGUUGCUGGAAUCGUCAACUCGUACAAAGACUUGCCCAUCAGGCUAUAUCAAAUAACUCGAAAAUAUCGCGAUGAGCGCCGUCCACGCCAUGGCUUACUCCGUUCUCGGGAAUUCCUUAUGAAAGAUCUCUAUACGUUUGAUCUUACUACAAGCGAAGCUGUUGAGACCUACUGUCAAGUUUCUGCGGCCUACCGCGCCUUCUUUGCCGAACUCAAACUACCAUACCUCAUCGCUGAGGCAAGCUCUGGUGACAUGGGUGGUGAUCUCAGCCACGAGUACCACCUCCCUAGUGUUGUUGGCGAAGAUUCCGUUGUCAGCUGCGAUUCUUGUGAUUACACUGCUAACGAUGAGGUUGCUACUGCACGAAUACCUCUUCCCACAGACAGUGCAGCGAGUGUUCCAGCAUCCCAAUUCCGUGUUUGGCGAGGCAUUUCCAAAGACCGAAAAACCCUUGUCAAUGCAUGGUAUCCUCAGCCGUCUGAAGGUUCUUCUGAUAACGGCCCAAGCCUUCAUACUAUCAAAUCAGUAGUCCCAGAACUGGAUACUACCAUUGAGAAUCCACUAUCAUUAUGGGGAGAAUCAUUGAAGAGUGGCGACGUUCAGAUGGUCAAUGUCAUCGAUGGCAACCUUGUUUCAAGCUUCGAAAGUGUCCGAAACGAGUUGCCAUUAUUGACCGAACCUCUCAAGUGUCACGGAGUGAGCUCUUCGACGAUUGUAGGCUCAGACACUGGUGCGGGAUUGAACCUAGUUCCUAUUGCUGAUGGUGAUGGUUGUCCCCGAUGCGACAAUGGUACUCUGAAAAUUCAUAGGGCAUUGGAAUGUGGCCAUACUUUUCAACUAGGCACUCGUUAUUCGGUGCCUCUUGACGCCUGUGUUGAUCUUCCACGAUCAGGGCUGCCCGAGGCGGCUUUGAAAGAGGGCCUGACACCAGGGAGCCGUGUGCCCGUUCAAAUGGGCUGCCACGGCGUUGGCGUUUCCAGGAUCUUUGGCGCUGUAGCUGAAAUUCUUGCCGAUGAGCGAGGACUGAACUGGCCUCGCGCUAUCGCUCCUUUCGAGGUUGCGAUCAUACCGUCAACUAAAUUGGCUGACGAACCUUUGGUCAUCUACGACACUCUUUCCAAGAAUAAUGGGUCACAGUCUGGCUUUGACGUUGUCCUCGAUGAUCGCAACCGAUCAUUUGGUUGGAAGAUGAAAGAUGCCGACAUGGUGGGAUAUCCCGUUUUGGUGAUCCUGGGCAAAUCUUUCAAGGAAAAUGGUAUCUGCGAGGUCCAGUGUCGACGACUGUCAGUUAGAGAUAAUGUCAAGGUUGAUGCAUUGCCCGAAUUCAUCUCGAGUCUGUUGGACAAGCUAUGA